AUGCCCGCCCCACCCGCUGAUCUGAAGUACAACUCUCUCGAGGAGAUCGAGCAGAUUCACAAGGAGCUGCGCGACAGCUUCCAGACGGGCAAGACGGCCGAAAUUGGCUUCCGCAAGCACCAGCUUAAGCAGUUGUCCUUUCUCCUCAACGACAAUGUGGAGGCCAUCGUAGAUGCCAUUGGCAAGGACCUGGGCCGCUGUCGGUUCGAGAGUGUGUUCGCCGAGAUCACGCUGUGCGCCAACGAGUGCAUCGACGCCUACGAAAACAUCGAAAAGUGGGCCAAGGCUGACAACAAGUGGUUCGGCGUCGUCUGGUCGAUGCAUGCGCCCAAGGAGAUCAAGGAGCCCAAGGGCACUGUCCUCGUCAUGGGCGCGUGGAACUACCCCAUCUCUGUCCAGGUCGGCCCCCUCGUUGCUGCGCUUGCGGCCGGCAACACGGCCGUGCUCAAGCCUUCCGAGGUGGCCGCCCACUCGGCUAAGCUCUUGGCCGAGCUGUGGCCAAAGUACAUGGACCCUUCCAUGUCGAGGAUCAUCAACGGCGCCAUUCCAGAGACGACGAAGCUGCUCGACCUCCGGUGGGAGCACAUUCUCUACACCGGCAACGGCAACGUCGGCCGCAUCGUCGCCGAAAAGGCAGCCAAGUGGCUCUGCCCCACCACACUCGAGCUGGGCGGCAAGAGCCCCGUGUUCAUCGACGAGCACGCCGACUUCAACAUUGCUGCCCACCGGCUCUUGUGGGCCAAGUCGAUCAACUGCGGCCAGACGUGCAUCGCACCCGACUACAUUGUCUGCACAAAGCAGGUCCAGGACAAGCUCGUGGAGCACCUCAAGCGCGUCCAGAAGGAGUUCUGGCCCCAGUCGCCCCGCAAGUCCAAGGACUACGGCCGCAUCAUCAACGAGCGCCACUUUGCUCGCCUCUCGGGUCUCAUCGACAAGACAAAGGGCAGCAUCGUCCUCGGCGGCGACCGCGACGAGGCAGACCGCUUCUUUGAGCCCACCGUCGUAGCUGACGUCAAGCCCGGUGACUCGGUGAUGAGCGACGAAAUCUUUGGCCCUAUCCUGCCCAUCCUCGUCGUCAAGGACAUCGAAGAGGCCAUCGACUACGUCAACGACCACGACCAGCCACUGGCCCUGUAUGCGUUUGUCAAUGCCAAGAACAUGGACCACAUCGUCAAGCGCACCCGCAGCGGUGGCGUCGUCCAGGGCGACCUCAUGCUCCACUACACGGUGCCCCUCACCUUUGGCGGCACGGGUCCUUCGGGAUACGGCGCCUACCACGGCCGCGCCGGCUUCGACACCUUCUCCCACACCCGAUGCAUGGUCUCGGCACCCGCCACUGGCGUCCUGGGCAAGAUCACCGAGGCGCUGAUGGCAAGCCGGUACCCGCCCUACACCGAUGGCAACCUCAAGAUGCUCCGCAUGCUCCUUGGCCGCAGCCCUGGCUUCAAGAGGCCCGAAAAGGUGUACACUGGUAAAGAGUCCGGUGGCAUGUUCUCUCGGGUGAGCGCCCUCUUCACCCUUCUUGUCAUUGUCGCUGCCGUCGCUUACGGAAGGCAGUCUUAA